GAUAGAUAGAUAGAUAGAUAGAUAGAUAGAUAGAUAGAUAGAUAGAUAGAUAGAUAGAUAGAUAGAUAUUUCUUUAUUUACAUUUCAUGUGUCCGCAAAAGUCUAAUAGGUGUAAUUUUUUUCAAGCUGCAAAUCUUCAUUAGAUCCGUGAUGAACUUUUUUUUUCUUCCUAAAUGAUCCCAUUACGUUUGACAUAAACGUCCCAGUGUGCGGCCUCUGAUUGGUUGGCUGACGGGCCAUGUGACCCGCGCGGCCGUCUGUCUAUUUGACAGCCGCAGGAUGGCUCGAUGCCAGAGGGAGAAAAGAGAAAGAGAGAGGAGAUAGAAAGAAAAAUUAGCAUUCUCCUGUUAUCCUCGCUAUAAAUCAAUCAUGGAGUCCUUCGUGGUGAGCUGUAAAUACGCCGAGCCGCAGUUCCCGCCUUGUGAAGAAGAUUACAGUAAUUUUAGUGACCAAGGGGGGUAUUACAACAACCCUCAGGACAAUGGCAGUUACGCAGGGGGUUAUCAGCCGAUGCAGUCUCAUCCGCUUGCGUACGCAUCACAACAAACCGGCUACCAUCAGUCUGUGCAGGGCCAUCACCGGGACGAUGCAGAGGAGCGGCCACAGCAUCAGCAGCAGCACACUGCGACCUACCCGCUGUACAGAGAGCCAGACACGUCCGAGAAGCAGAGGUUCCCCGCGGGAGACCUGCAGUGCCAGCAGGCCUGGAUGACCUGCGCCAAGCCGGCUCAGGUGCAGAGGAAAGCGGCUGGCCUGGGGAAGGACAAGCCGCCCAUUGUCGUCUACCCCUGGAUGAAGAAAGUGCACGUCGCGCAUGUCAAUCCCAAUCACGUCGGGCCGGAACCGAAGCGGCUGCGUACAGCCUACACGCGCCAGCAAGUCCUGGAGCUCGAGAAGGAAUUCCACUUCAGUCGGUAUCUGACGCGCCGCCGCCGGGUUGAGGUGGCCCAUGCUCUCUGUCUGUCCGAGCGGCAGGUGAAAGUGUGGUUUCAGAACCGGCGCAUGCGCUGGAAGAAAGACAACAAGCUUCCCAACACCAAAGGAAGGAGCAAAAGCAAGAAAGCGACGGACAGCAACAAUAACAGCAGCGACUGCAGCGUGAAGGUGGCGAUAACCGUCUGACGGACCGACAUGAGCCGAAGUGAUCCAAGCUCUUCAGUCCUGAAAUAUUUCAUCUGCUUUAAAGCGUUGUGAUGUUAUUUUAUGAUUAUUAUUCUGAAGGAUGUUGUAUCAAGGUCCGGCCUCAUCUAUGAGCAGUCGAUGAAUGUAUUAUGGUGACCUUAACGGUCUGUCUGUCUGUCUGUCUGUCUGUCUGUCUGUCUGUCUGUCUGUCUGUCUGUCUGUCUGUCUGUCUGUCUGUCGCUCCUUUGAUAAAAACACGAAUUAUCCCACUUUAACGCCCGAUCGGCACUAUAAGCUCGGCUACAAAUGUUAAUGUUGGUUCUUUCGAGAAACAGGGUUUUUAUUUUUUACAGGGUAAAUAAGUAUAUAAUACAGGGUUUUUAAUAGCUAUCUAUAAAGUUAAAAUAAUUUAUGAGUGUGCACGCUACCGCGAGCCGGCGCUUAAAAAACAAACCAAAAUGAUCAAUGCCUCAUCCAAUUAAUUACAUAAAUAACGUUUUAGCAUUUUUGUAGGACAGUAGCCAUAUCAGUAUUAUUUUCUUUUCAGUUUGACUUAAAGAAAUGGAUCAGGCAUUUAUAGGCACUACUUUAUCUGUUCGAGCAGCUAAAUUCAGCUGACUCUCUCAGGGUUACAUGGUUUCACAAACUUCCUGAAAUGUUUCAUUCAUUCAAAUUAAAUUCAUUUUCCCCUUGAAGGAAAAAAAUAAUAAUUUCUUUACAUUUCACUUCAAUAUGCUAUUCAAGUCCAUAUAAGCCAGUAUAUUUUAAUUAUUACUUAGAAACGCAUUUUAUUCUUUAAGACAGUUUUUGUUUCUCUUUAUUUCUUUUUAUCUACGUCUUUAAAAAAAAAAACAAACAAAGAAACAAAAACAAAAAAACAAAACUGAAAGUCCUCUUGUGGACCUUUUGUACGUGAAAAUGUUUUGAUAACAGAUGACAAAAAUAAAAGUGUGCAUCUUCUGAA